GAAAUCUCUAGAAACAGGGUUAAGAAAGAGGACACCAUAAGCCCUGUCCUCCUGUCCUUUCUUCCUACACCAUGUGGAAGAACAGACAGGCUCUGCCAUGUCUCAUUUCAGUUCUUCUUGUCUUUCUGCCUUCUGCUUCCUCGAUCCAUUCAGAUCCGAAGUAUAUGGUGCUGGUCCCUUCCCAGCUCCUCACUGAGACCCCUGAGAAAAUCUGCCUCCAUCUAUACCAUCUGAAUGAGACGGUGACAGUCACAGCCACCUUGCUGUAUGGCUGGGGAAACAGAAGCCUGUUCAAUGAGCUUGUGGUCGACAAGGACUUGUUCCGCUGUGUGUCCUUUACUCUCCCCAGACUUUUCCUUUCUGAGGAGAAGGUGUCCCUCUCUGUCCACAUCAAAGGGCCAGCACAUGAAUUCAGCAAAAAGACGGUGGUGCUGGUGAAGAACAAAGAAAGCGUUGUCUUUCUCCAGACAGACAAACCAGUGUACAAGCCAGGACAGUCAGUCAACUUUAGGGUUGUCUCUAUGGAUAAAAAUCUACACCCUCUGAAUGAGUUGUUUCCUGUGGUUUACAUUGAGGAUCCAAAAACGAACCGAAUUAUGCAGUGGCAGAAUAUCAGCACAGAGAACGGGCUUAAGCAACUGUCCUUCAGCCUGUCACUGGAGCCCAUUCUGGGCUCCUACAAGAUAGUGAUACAAAAACAAUCGGGAGUGAAGAAAGAGCACUCCUUCACCGUAGAGGAAUUCGUGCUUCCUAGAUUUGAAGUUCAAGUAAAGGUCCCAAAGGCCAUCUAUAUGCAAGAAGAAAAAAUAAAUGUGACGGCAUGUGCAGUAUACACCUACGGGAAGCCUGUCCCAGGACAAGCAAAGAUAAGUAUAUGCCUUAAAUAUCUGUACUUCAGCCUUGGGGAAAAGCCUGAAUGCAAAGAAGUCAGUUACCAGCUAGAAAAAAAUGGCUGUAUCACACAAGAAGAAAACAUCACUAUGUUCCAAGUAAAGAAAAGUUAUGAUGACUACAAGUAUCUUCGUGUGAAUGCAAAUGUCAAAGAAGAAGGGACAGGAUUCGAGUUCAGUGGAUCUGGAACAACUAAAAUUGAAAGAACCACAACCAAACUAGUAUUUGUGAAAGCGGACUCAGACUUUAGACCUGGGAUUCCAUUCCGUAUGAAAGUUCGCCUAGUGGAUGUCAACGACAUUCCUCUCCCAAAUGAGCAAGUCUUCAUCAAACUACAUGAAGCUGGGAACACCAUUGCUGCUAUCACUGAUCAAGACGGCCUGGCAGAAUUCUCCAUCAACACCACAAGCAUUGCAGGUUCUUACCUCACUAUCAAAGUCUACCACAAGAAAGAAAAUUUGUGUCUUUUUUUUCCUUGCAUGGAAGAACAAUACGCAGAAGCACAGCAUGAGGCCUACAGAGUUUAUACUGAGAGCAGGAGCUAUGUCUACCUUGAGAUAGAGCCUGGCAUCUUGCCCUGCAGCCAGAUUCACACAGUUCAGGCACAUUUUAUUCUGAAUGGGCCAGUUUUGUUGCUGCUGAGAGAGCUCAAUUUUUACUACCUGGUCAUGGCGCAGGGCAAAAUCGUCCAUACAGGAAGCCACACUCACCACAUGGAACCCAGUGAAUCAUGCCAACAAUUGACCACAGAGCAGCAGGAAUGUCUUCCAAAUGCAGUCCCUCCAGGUCCAGUGAAAGGCCACUUCACCUUGGAGAUCCCCGUGGAGUUCAGCAUGGCCCCCGUCGCUAAAAUGCUCAUCUAUGCCAUCUUGCCUGAUGGAGAAGUGAUUGCAGAUUCUGCAAAAUUUGAAAUUGAAAAGUGUCUUCUCAACAAAGUGGACCUGAGCUUCAACCCAGCCCGAAGUCUCCCUGCCUCACAGGCCCAUCUGCGUGUCACAGCUUCUCCUCAGUCCCUCUGUGGCCUGAGAGCAGUGGACCAAAGCGUGUUGCUCCUGAGGCCUGAAGCUGAGCUCUCCCCUUCCUGGAUCUACAAUCUGCCAGAGAUGCAGCACAAGGACCUUACUCCAAGAUCCCACCAGCUCUCUGAAGAAGAUCAUUAUAAUAUGGGAGAUACAGUCACAUACUUAGGACCAGACGAAUAUGACAAGGAUGUCUAUGAAUACAUAGAGGACAUGGGUUUACAGGCCUUCACCAACUUGAAGAUCAAACAUCUUAAAUUUACUACUUACUUCAGCUCUGGCCUAAGAACAGGGUCUACAAAAUAUGAUCUUGCCGAUGCCAGACUUGAACCUGAAGUCACGGUGGCAAAUAAAAACCUUUACCAUGGAGAUCCAACUAUUGAGACCUUUCGAAAAUAUUUUCCUGAAACUUGGGUCUGGGAUUUAGUCACAGUAAACUCCUCAGGACUGGCUGAAAUGGAAGUGACAGUCCCUGACACCAUCACUGAGUGGAAGGCCGGGGCCUUCUGCCUGUCCAAUGACACUGGACUUGGGCUCUCUCCUGUGGUUUCUCUCCAAGCCUUCCAGCCCUUCUUCGUGGAGCUCACGAUGCCCUACUCUGUGAUCCGAGGAGAAGCCUUCACGCUCAAGGCCAAUGUGCUGAACUACCUUCCUACCUGCAUCCGGCUGGGUGUGCAGCUGGCAGCCUCUCCAGAUUUCACAGCUGUCCCGGUGGAGAAAGCCCAAGAUUCUUACUGCGUCUGUGCCAACGGAAGGCACACCACGUCCUGGUUGGUGACUCCCAAGUCUCUAGGAAAUGUGAAUUUCUCUGUGACUGCAGAGGCACUGCAGUCCCCAGAGCCCUGUGGUUCUGAGGUGGCCACAGUCCCUGAUACUGGGAGAAAGGACACAGUUGUCAAAGUCCUGCUUGUUGAGCCUGAAGGAAUUCAGGAGGAGCACACCUUCAGUUCCCUGCUCUGUGCAUCAGAUGCUGGGCUAUCUGAAAAAUUGUCCCUGGUGCUCCCACCAACAGUAGUGAACGAUUCAGCCAGAGCCCAUUUCUCUGUGCUGGGUGAUAUCCUGAGUUCAGCCAUUAAAAACACCCAGAAUCUUCUCCACAUGCCCUAUGGCUGUGGGGAGCAGAACAUGGUCCUUUUUGCUCCUAAUAUCUACGUACUGAAAUAUCUGAUUGAAACUCAGCAGCUGACUCAGAAAAUCAAGGAAAAAGCCAUUGACUACCUCAAUGCUGGUUAUCAGAGGGAGCUGAACUACAAACACAAGGAUGGCUCCUACAGUGCCUUCGGGGAUCAAAAUGGCCGGAGUCAAGGGAACACUUGGCUCACAGCCUUUGUGCUCAAGUCUUUUGCCCAAGCUCGAGCCUUCAUCUACAUCGAUGCAGCACACUUAACCCACACCUUCACCUGGCUCUCCCAGCAGCAGCAGGACAAUGGCUGUUUCAGGAGCUCCGGAUCACUGUUCAACAAUGCCAUGAAGGGGGGAGUAGACGAUGAAGUGACCCUCGCUGCCUACAUAACCAUUGCCCUUCUGGAGAGCACAUUCCCAGCUACACAUCCUGUUGUCUCCAAAGCCCUGAGCUGCUUAGAGUCAUCCUGGAAGACAGCAGAACAAAAUGGAAGGAAUAACUCUGUGUACACCAAGGCCCUGCUGGCCUAUGCUUUCACUCUGGCAGGGAACCAGCAGAAGAGAAAUGAAAUCCUGGGAUCACUUGAUAAGGAAGCUAUAAAGGAAGGUAACUCUGUCCACUGGGAAAGACCCAAGAAACCCAGGAAAGCAGGGAUGUCUCUGUACGAACCCCAGGCUCCCUCUGCUGAAGUGGAGAUGAACGCCUAUGUCCUCCUCGCUCUCCUCUCUGCUCAGCCAGCACCAACCCCUCAGGACCUGGCUGUGGCAGUGAGAAUCGUGAAGUGGCUCACAAAGCAGCAGAAUGCCUAUGGCGGCUUCUCCUCCACUCAGGACACUGUGGUGGCCCUCCAUGCUUUGUCCAAGUAUGGAGCAAUUACUUUCUCCAGAAGUCAGAAAACUCCUUUGGUGACCAUCCAAUCUUCAGGGACGUUUUCCCAAAAGUUCCAAGUAGAGGACAGUAACCGCCUGUUACUGCAGCAGGUCCCUUUACCUGACCUUCCUGGGGACUAUGAAAUCAGUGUGACAGGAGAAGGAUGUGUGUAUGCUCAGACGACGCUGAAAUACAACGUGCACUGGGAGAAGCAGCAGUCUGCAUUUGCUCUCCGGGUGCAGACAGUACCUCUAACUUGUGAUAACCCCGAAGGCCACAACAGCUUCCAGAUCUCACUGGAAAUCAGUUACACCGGGAGCCGUCCAGCCUCCAACAUGGUGAUUGCUGAUGUGAAGAUGAUAUCUGGUUUCAUUCCAUUGAAGCCCACAGUGAAGAAGCUUGAACGGUCCCAGCACGUUAGCAGAACAGAAGUGAGCAACACCGAUGUCCUGUUAUAUCUGGAUCAGGUCACCAAUCAGACCCUGGCCUUCUCCUUCAUCAUUCAACAAGACAUCCCAGUGAAAAACCUACAGCCUGCCGUUGUGAAAGUCUAUGACUACUAUGAGACAGAUGAAGCAGCCUUCGCUGAAUACAGCAUGCCCUGCGGCACAGAGAAACCAAAUUUUUGAAACUUGUCACUCAUUGAAACUUGGACAAGGCAUUGCUGGAAUCUCCAAACCCAGGAACCUUCAAGAUGGUGAUUUUCCUUUGUCUCUGCGAUAUAAAUACUGAACAAGCUUGGUAAAUAAACAUGUAGUUCAAAAUG